UGUAGCGGAUAUUUAAAUAAAGAAAAUAAAAAUCGUAAAAAAUGGGGGAAAUUUUGUCUGUAAAUCACGAGACCCAGCUCAUCUCUUUCUCUCUCUGUCUAUCAACAUUUGUCUCUGAAAUGAUCGGAACAAAAAAAUAAUUUCAAAUUCUAAUCCCCUCGAUCAGAUCCAAUACCCUGAAAAACCUGCAUUUCUGCGAUCUGAUUGAAAACUUUAAAUCCUUAAAAGAGGAAAUCUGUCAUCGUUUUUGAGUUAAGAGAUGGCUUCGAUGUCUUCCGUCAGCGAGGAGCUUACAGAGAUCGAGGGACAAGUUUCUGAUAUUUUCCGCGCUCUAUCAAAUGGGUUUCAGAAAUUGGAGAAGAUUAAGGAUACGAGUAGGCAAAGUAGACAGUUGGAGGAGCUCACCCAGAAGAUGCGCGAUUGCAAAAGGCUUAUUAAAGAGUUUGAUAGAGAAUUGAAGGAUCUGGAUUCAAAAUUGAUUCAGAGACCAGCAAGAUUUUGAAUGAAAAGAAGCAAUCAAUG